AUACACUACAACAAAAUCCAUGGAUAUGGACUCUGUUACGGAGACCCUGGACUUUAUUUAUUUAAAAAGAAGAGGACGCCACUUGCCCAGUCUGGACAAUUAUUAACUCUUGAAUAUUCAUGUUAUUUAUAGUAUCCUAAUAUCUGAGUUUAUUGGGCUAGUCAGGAGGUUCUUGAGGGUCAUACACGCUGCAUAGAUAAAGGGGAUAUUGGACCAUCCUUUAUCCGCAUGAGAUACCACGUAUGGAACAUCAAUGGUGACUCCAUCUUAUUGAUGAAUGGACCGCUGCCAGACACCAGAGUAUAAGGUAACAGUCCCAGGAAGACGGCGCAGGGAGCAGACACUUCUAUAGGCCGAGACAGAGCGUCAGUGGACGCAGCCUCUAAGAAUAAAGGAAAAAUGGCGAGAAAUCUGCUCAAGAACCCCUGCGGAGAAGAGGAGUUCGAACACUGGGAAGAAGUGGAACACGGAGGAGACGGGUGGAAAGUGGAGGAGCUGCCGGGAGACUGCGGAGCCGCUUUUCCAGAUGACGGAAUCUCCAAAUACUUUGCUUCAUCCUUUGAAUGCUGCAGUAAAACCCAAGUGAUCGACCUCCUUAAGGAAGGGUACUUGAAAAGGCUGCUGGACACCUCACCCAAAAUUGUGGUCAGCGACUGGUAUGCAGGGCGGACUGACGCCGGAUGCACCUAUCAGCUGAAAGUGCAGCUGUUGUCCGAAAGUCGUCAGGUCAUCAGUGAAUACAGCAGCGAGAACAUCGCUAUCCCCAAGACCAAUAAUGGCGCCUGGGCCCAGAUCCGUCAUGCCUUUUCAGGAUACGGCUCCGGAGUGCGAUUCAUCCAGUUCACCCACUGCGGACAAGACUCUGUUAGCUGGAAGGGCUGGUAUGGUGUCCGGGUGACCAACAGCAGUGUGAUCAUCGAAAAAUAGACAUCCAACAAGAUCGAAAAUGUUUUG